CUUAGUGUUUCGCAGUCAGACCAAACCAAUCAACCUCGAUGUGAGGAACCAAGAGGGGGUGCUUCUGUUCGGAGGAGGGAAGCGGUUCCAAUUUCAAACAAAAACAAGGAGAUAGAAGAGAGUGUGGGUUAGAGCUGUGGAAGCAGGAAUAUCUGAUAAAACCGAGCGGCAAAAAGUAACUACAAGCCGUCGUGUGCUUGUCGGAAAUAUCGAAAACGGUAGCGCAGUGCAAAGUUUUGUGAACCUUGGUUGCAGGCACGUUUCCAUUUUACGCACGAUUUAAUUUGGAUUUUUAAAAAGUUCUUCUGGGUGGUUUAUCUAGUGAUAAAGCAACCCGGCUUGCUAACAAGCGCGCGAGUGCUUAGAGGCGGCAUACUAUUCGGUUUUAUCAAGGGGAAGGUUUUAUUAACAGUUUUACUUUUGUUUAUAUAAAAAAGAACAUGCCCAGAUCGAACAGGCAAAGAGAAUACAAACCUGGCGAUCUCGUGUUUGCAAAAAUGAAGGGAUAUCCCCACUGGCCGGCAAGGAUUGAUGAGUUGCCAGAAGGUGCCGUCAAGUCUCCUUCCAACAAGUACCAGGUGUUCUUCUUUGGGACGCACGAGACGGCUUUUCUUGGACCCAAGGACUUGUUUCCAUAUGAAGAGUGCAAGGAGAAGUUUGGGAAGCCCACUAAGCGGAAAGGUUUCAGUGAGGGCCUUUGGGAGAUUGAGAACAACCCCACGGUGAAGGCGGCGGGAUACGAGCCAACAAAGAAGGACGCUCCCUCAGAGGGGGCAGAGAAGCCCAUGGGGGACUCCGAGCCUGGGCCCGAAGGCAGCAGUGAUGAAGACGAGGGCAACCUUGUCAUUGAUGAGAAAAACGAGAAGGGGGGAGUCAAGCGGAGAGCGGACGAUUCGUUGGAGGCCUCCCCCAAGAGAUCCAAGGACCCUGAGGCAGAGGGGCUGGGGGAGGGUAAAGGAGAGUGCAAGACAUCGAACGCUGAAGGUGCCACCAGUGACCAUGUGGAGCCAAAGCCCAAUGAUACUGCAGGGGCGGAGUCUGCCACCCCUGUGACUCUGCCUCCUGCAGCAGACCCAACUGCCACUGGCGAGUCAAAGCCAGAGGGCCAAGCCAACCCACCAACUGAGAGCCAGUUGACAUCUGAUAAGGCCGUCACAGACAGUGCUUAGCGCCACGGCUCUGCGGCCACGCCAAACUACCAAGGCGGGUUUUCGGGUUUGAGUGAGAAAAUAGCAUCGGCGUUCUAGGGUUUUGCACCUAGAAGAAAAUGGAAGAAAAUAGCUACUUAAAAUUGUACCAGACACAUUCACAUGCCAAGAUUGGAUAAUGUGAGUCUUGGUUACAGUCAGGCUGAGUUGCUGAGAUUUCAUACAGUAAAGUAGUGAUGAACAAUAUAGCCUUGGUUUGAAAAGGGUACCUACUGGUAUUUUGAUUUCUUUAAAGUGCAAUUACAAGUUCUGGCCACUAGGUGUCAAGUUAAUUAAGAGGGAACACCAGCUUUGUUUCUCUGUACAAAGAGUAAUUAAGAACAAAAGACAAUUUCAAAACUUUUGGUAAUCAGAUGUGUAAUACUAUUCCAUUUAAAAUAGCUGUUUGCUAAUCCUGUUGAAAUCCUGUUUGUUUGAAUUUGUUAGUUUUACGAUUUGAAGUCAACCGUUUGCUGUAUGUCGCUGUGCUUUCAGUACAAGUAAAUCUAUAGUUGCUUUCUGGGCUUUAAUAUCUAAGUAAUUUUCGAUGCUUCCCUUUUGACAUGACUUGCAAAUAAGUAUUUUCUUGAUGCAUUGCACAGAUUUGAGGGUGUUUGGCUUCAUGUAUCUGUGCAAACCCUACUGGGACAUGGCAAAGACCACUAAGUCAAGGGCAUGGCAUGCAAGGCAGUGUUGACCAAAUAUUUAGUAAUAUAUGUCACUUGUGACACUUGGAUCCUGUAGAUUUUCCUUUUUUCCAAAUAUUUCUAUUUUACGGAAAUUUAUUCAAUUAUAUUUUUAUUUAGCAUUAAUUAUUGUAAAAAAGUGCUCCUGACUUUUAAAAGGCCAGAAGCCACAGUAUUUUUCUGAACAUUGGGUUUGAAUGAGCUGGCUGAAAAUUGAUACAUUUUAUACUAAAGGAAUGGGUGCCUUUUUUUCUGACGAAGCAAGGGAACUGAGGUUUUAGCAGCACAUGGUUUUAGUUUUAGUUGUAAUGUGUCAGUAGGGGGCGCCCGUCGAAGCAGGCGAUGACCUUCCACACAGAAGCAGAUUCACUGACACCUCCUUUCAGCCCAUUUCAGUGUAAAAAAAAAAUUAAUCCUGUGAUGCCAAUCAUUUGUCAGCAGAAACGUAGUUUUACUUCUGAAAAAUGUGGGGGAUUCCUGUAUGCUUUAAACAGCCAUGCAUUUCAGUGUGAAUGGAUUUUGAACGCUGUCAAACUGCUGCAGAAAUCAAUCUAAUGGCAAUCGGUCCAUAUUAAUAGCCUGGCUGAUUUCACACACUUAAUUGCAUAUAUUUCAGCUACUUUUUGGACACAGAAUUACAAUCCCCAUCUAAAAAGAUUCUCAGAAAUGGUAUGUUUUCCCAAGUAUCAGUAAACUAACUAGUUUUCCAGAUAAAGGAAUCUUUGUUUUUUAAAAAAUACCACUUCAAAUUGAGUACUAGAAUUACCGAAUGUAAAAUUUUAGAUGGGAGUCUUGUAUGUUAUGAACCACACACUCAACUUCCUGGUUAUUGAACCAUAAUGGAAUAGUAGCUUGAAUGUAUGCAGGCGGGUUGCUUGACUCUAACCCAUUUCCAGCACUAAUUCUUUAAAGGUUCCACUACAUGUUGCUUAGCCUGCUGAACUCCAUGCUCAGAAUUCAUUUCCACUACUAUUAAUUUAAAAUUUGCUAUCCCUUUCAUUCCUCUGGCCCGUGAGCCCUGCAUGCCACUCGAUUGAGGUUUAUGAGGUAUUCUCUUUAUUUUAGCUGUUUUAUCUGAAAUGACAUCGUGAUGAAGAUUGGCGAAAUUGAAUGCUUGUAGUCUGCCCAUCUAAUCGCUUACAGAAGCCCUUGAUCUGUUCAUAAGUUUUUUUUUUUUUGUUUUGUUUUUUUUGGCAGAACCUGGAAAAACCUUCUUUUUAGGCAGAAUGAUGCCCAGCUUGCAUCUCUCAGCCUUCUGUUCUAUUGUAGUCUCAAGUCUGUUUGGUUAAAACAAUAAACAUGUCGAUUAUGA